CCUCGGAUAUUCCUUUCUCAAUCCCUCUCCUUCUAUGGAAUCUGUCAGCAUUCCCGACGGGACGCAGCCAGCUUGAUUCUGUGCCAAUCCUUUGAUAUUAGCUGCUGGUGUCGUCUGCUUCAUUCUGUGGCGGUGUAGGCAGCCAGACGACCUUUCUCCAUGAGGAGCAGUGGAAGAUGCCGGCUCUGCCAGCGCUGCUGCUGUCGAUUCAUCUCCUCUUCCUCUUCCUGCUGCUGCUGACCAUGGCCCCGUCUUUCCACAGCCAGGCCCGCCUCGCAGCCGUCAGGAUGGCUGCUAUUUUAGAUGAUCAGUCAGCGUGUGGACGUGGUGAGCGGCUGGCUUUGGCUCUGGCCCGAGAGAACAUCAAUAGUGUGUUGGAGGCCCCUUCCCGAGCUCGCGUGGAGGUUGACAUCUUUGAGCUGCAGAAAGACUCUCAGUACGAGACUACUGAUACAAUGUGUCAGAUUUUGCCGAAGGGAGUGGUCUCUGUCAUUGGUCCAGCCUCUAGUCCUGCUUCUGGAUCAACUGUCAGUCAUAUAUGUGGGGAAAAAGAGAUUCCUCACAUUAAGAUUGGUCCAGAGGAGACUACACGCUUGCCAUAUCUGCGCUUUGCCUCAGUGACACUGUAUCCUAGCAACGAGGACUUAAGCUUGGCCAUCGGUGCCAUCCUGCAUUCUUUCAGUUAUCCUACGACCAGCUUGAUCUGUGCUAAAGCAGAGUGCCUGCUGCGAUUGGAGGAGCUAGUGCGUCACUUCCUCAUCUCCCGGGAAACGCUCUCAAUCAGAAUGCUUGAUGAAAACUUGGACCCCACCCCACUGCUAAAGGAAAUCCGUGAUGACAAAGUUGCGACUAUUAUUAUUGAUGCUAAUGCAUCAGUGUCAAUCCUAAUACUAAAGAAGGCCUCCGAAUUAGGCAUGAUGUCAGCCUUCUACAAGUACAUCCUCACCACAAUGGAUUUCCCUCUGUUGCAGUUAGAUGAUGUGGGAGAUGAUCAGUCAAAUAUCAUUGGCUUCUCCUUGUUGAACAGCAGUCAUCCUUUCUACCUAGAGUUCAUCAGGAGUCUGAACCUGUCAUGGAGGGAAGGCUGUGAUAUCAGCCCAUACCCUGGACCAGCAUUGUCAUCAGCGUUGAUGUUCGAUGCGGUGCAUGUGGUGGUCGGGGCUGUUCAAGAACUAAACCGCAGUCAGGAGAUUGGUGUGAAGCCACUUAGUUGCACCUCCUCGCUCAUCUGGCAGCAUGGCACCAGUCUCAUGAACUACCUGCGCAUGGUAGAGUAUGAUGGCCUGACCGGGCACGUGGAGUUUAACAGCAAAGGCCAGCGGACCAAUUACACCCUGCGUAUUCUUGAAAAAUUCAAGGGGGGUCACAAAGAGAUUGGUGUCUGGUACUCCAAUAACACGUUGGCUAUGAACUCCACAUCUUUAGACCUCAAUACGUCUGAGACGUUAGCCUACAAGACACUUGUCGUCACCACAAUACUGGAAAAUCCAUAUGUGAUGCGCAAGUCAAAAUACCAGGACUUUCAGGGUAAUGAUCAGUACGAGGGAUUCUGUGUGGAUAUGCUGCGGGAGCUUGCGGACAUAUUAAAGUUUUCCUUCCGGAUCAAGCUAGUGGAUGAUGGGCUGUAUGGAGCUCCAGAACCUAAUGGAUCAUGGACCGGCAUGGUGGGGGAGCUCAUCAACAGGAAAGCUGAUAUGGCUGUAGCUGGAUUUACCAUCACAUCGGAGAGGGAGAAGGUUAUAGAUUUCUCCAAACCUUUCAUGAAUCUUGGCAUUAGUAUCCUGUACCGUGUUCACAUAGGCAGGAAGCCAGGUUAUUUCUCCUUCUUGGAUCCAUUUUCUCCAGCUGUCUGGCUCUUUAUGCUGUUAGCCUAUCUGGCUGUUAGCUGUGUACUCUUCCUGGCAGCCAGGCUGAGUCCAUAUGAAUGGUAUAACCCUUUCCCAUGUUGGCGUGACCGCAGGGAUCUCCUGGAGAACCAGUACACACUGGGAAACAGCCUGUGGUUUCCAAUUGGUGGUUUCAUGCAGCAAGGCUCAGAGAUAAUGCCCAGGGCUCUCUCCACACGCUGUGUCAGUGGGGUUUGGUGGGCAUUCACGCUGAUCAUCAUCUCCUCCUACACGGCGAACCUUGCAGCGUUCUUGACGGUUCAGAGAAUGGAGGUGCCGAUUGAAUCAGCCGAUGACUUAGCAGAUCAGACGAACAUCCAAUAUGGCACGAUUCAAGGCGGAAGUACUAUGACCUUCUUCAUGAACUCGCGCUACCAGACGUACCAGCGCAUGUGGAAUUACAUGUACUCCAAGCAACCCAGUGUGUUCGUGAAGAGCACAGAAGAGGGCAUCGCACGGAUUUUAAAUUCUAGGUACGCCUUCCUGCUUGAGAGUACCAUGAAUGAGUACUACCGCCGCCUCAACUGCAACCUCACACAGAUAGGAGGACUGCUGGACACCAAGGGCUAUGGCAUUGGCAUGCCUCUGGGCUCUCCAUUCAGAGAUGAGAUUUCGUUAGGUGUGCUGCAACUGCAAGAGAACAACAGAUUAGAAAUCCUGAAACGCCGAUGGUGGGAGGGAGGGAAGUGUCCUAAAGAGGAGGACCAUCGAGCUAAAGGUCUAGGUAUGGAGAAUAUCGGCGGAAUAUUCGUGGUGCUGAUAUGUGGGCUCAUAAUAGCUGUUUUUGUAGCGAUUAUGGAGUUUAUGUGGUCCACACGCCGGUCGGCAGAGACAGACGAGGUGUCAGUAUGUCAAGAGAUGAUGACUGAGUUCAGAAACGUUAUCUCCUGUAAAAAGAACUCUCGCUUGCGGCGUCGGCGCCCCUUCUCGUCUCAGGGUGUCCUGCGUCACUCAGCCCGUCUCCCUUUGGGAGUUCCCAGGCCCAUUCGGCUUGUCCGGGAGAUGCGUCUCAGCAACGGCAAACUCUACAGCGGGACAGAGCCAUUAACUGGAGCUGCAACCGUACCAGGACCAAGUGGGGGUGCUGUGGAAUUGGGCCCGGGUCCUCAGCGACUUCUGGAGGACCCUCUGGGUGCCAACAUCUCUAAUAACCCACCUGCUUUGAUCCCACCUGUGGCGCCACGUGGCUGUACACACGUACGAGUUUGCCAGGAAUGUCGGCGAAUCCAGAGCCUUCGUUCCACGUCCUCUUGUUCGCGGAUCUCACCAUUGGCAUCAGACACGUCUUCUCUCCCUCAUCUACCCCCACCCCAUUCCGCCUCCAACUCAAACACUGACAGUGAGGGCGGGGGGUCGGUCAGCCCACGUAGGCCUAAACCUACGCCCCCUCCGAGGCCAGUACCGCCCACUAAAACUCCUUCUACCAAUCUUCUCUCCAAGCAGGACUAAGACCAAGGGAAGUUACAGUGGUAAGGAAGUCUUUGUUGAGAGAUUAUAUAAAUGUGAAAUGCACGCAUUGCUGGAGGUCAAACAGACAUAGCCCAAGCAGAGACUCAUUAAGAGCUGUCCACACCUACAGUGACCUCUUGGAUACUGCAAAAAGUGGGCUUCUUUGUAGUCGAGGUACUUCAAACUGAUGCAAAAUUACAUUAUUGAAAUCAGAUUGGAGAUGAUACAGCCAACCACUACUCUUCCAAGUGUCUGAUUUAAAACCACGUCAUGCAAUAGCACGGGAAAGCCAGUGAGGUUUGGCAGAUUGUUGAAACUAUGUAAUGCAUAUCCCACGAAAGUAUGCUAUGCAACAUGUUAUAAAAGGAAAAAGUGAGGGAAACUAAAUGGAUGACUAUCAAUUUUACAUAGAUUUUAGAGGAGAGAGGCAGAUCACUCUUUCUUCUCCAUGAUUUAUGAUGGGGGACUACACUCCUGGAAGGACCAUAGUGUCCGUACUGAAAAAUGUGCACACAUAGAACUGAUAUGACUAAAAUAAGAAGGGGAGAGUAAUAAAAAACAGUGCUUUAGAAUCUGGUUUUAUUCCUGAAUGGCACUUGUUGCUUUUCCUUUCUAGUUUCAUCUUUUAUUUUACUUAUUAUAAUGCUUUUUGUUUUUUUAAAACAAUAUCUGCUUUUAUCCCGUGUCAGUGUCUCUGGGGACAAAAGUAUUUUAGAUUUUUGUGUGUUUUUGUGGGGAGGUGGUGUUGUUAGGAAUGGUUUGUUCUGAGUAUGUCUUUGAGAAACAAAAUCUUUUAGGCAAUUCACAUGGUCUUCAAUCAUUUAUCAACCUAGAAGUCUUACUAAGUUAAAGCACUUAGGUAUAGAGGUCAAAGGUUAAAUUAAAGUCAACAUGAAUCAGCAUUCACAACCCAUUUUAAUUCCAUAAUGUGAAUUUAUUUCAGGGUGAAACAGAACAAAAUGCAGGGUGGGACUUUUAGACUUUAUCUAUCGGGAAUUGAUUGGAUCGUGAAAAGUGAGCGUUCCGUACCAGAAUGGAGCCAGACAUGAAUGUGAGUUUGCAGUCAAUUGUGGAGGACUUAUUAAUGCUUUUCAAAUCAAUAGUUCAUUGAUAUUAUUGAUGUACCUUUUAUGACAUAAACCAGUAUUAAAUUAACCGGGUGGCUGCAGCUCAGGUGGUAGAGCGGGUUGUCCACUAAUCACAGGGUUGGUGGUUCGAUUCCUGGCCCACAUGACUCCACAUGCCGAAGUGACCUUGGGCAAGACACUGAACCCCAAGUUGCUCCCAAUGGCAGGCUAGCGCCUUGCAUGGCAGCUCUGCCAUCAUUGGUUUGUGAAUGUGUGUGUGUGUAUGGGUGAAUAAGAUGCAGUGUAAAGCACUUUGAAUACCACUAAGGUUAAAAAGGCGCUAUAAGUGCAAACCAUUUACCAUUAUUGCAUUAACUAUUAAAAGAUUUUAGAUAGGCUGCAUUACUAACAACAGUAGCCUAAACUGCCUAAAUAGCUAUUCAGCUAUUGGUGACCAUUAUUUGCCCUGCCCAUUUGGCCUAUUGUAGGUGACAUCAGCCAAAAAGAAAAGUCGUUUCAGAGGCAAAGAAAGUUAUUACAUUUUGAUGAAAGAAUACGAAGACAUGCAUUAACAACAUGCACUGACGAAUCACGCACAAAAAGACCAGGAAUGUUUAUUAAGAAAGUAAAUAGCGUAAAUUUCGAUUUCAUGUUGACUUUAACAGUAAGCUGCCUAUCUAUAUUUGUAAUUUGAUGCAGGUUGCACAACGUAAGUACACAGAGAAACACUUCUCAUUCCCAGAACAACAACAAAACAGAUAACCCUUUGUGCACCUGAAGGGGUGUUUGUUUGAUUAUGUUAGAGGACAAUUAAUGAUGUUCAUUACUCAGAACUAAAUGAGCCUCUAUCAUGAAUGGUAUUGUUGGAGUGCACUAGAAGCUGCUUUCUAGGUGCUUGUGAAAUGCAAAUAUCAUUUUAUAUAUACAAAAGAGAAAAAACUGUAAACAUACCAACCCCGUAUAGGAUCUCCAGUAUUAUAGCGUGUGUGUGUGUGUGUGUGUGUCAAAGAGAGACAGAAAAUGUAUGAGGCUAUUUGUUAUCCAAUCAUUUUUUAAAUCAAAGCAGAUUUUUUUAAUUUCCUCAUUAAUUUUCAGAGAUUUAUAUACCAGUGCUUGAUGAAUCACACCCACAAUGAAGAAAAUAAGGAAAAAUUAUUCAGAUUAUAUCAUUAUUAUUAUACAAAUAAAGAUGUGGGGUUAUGUAGGAGGGCUGUCACCCUCUUUCAUUCAAUAUAUAGACACAUUUUUGGAAUAAACAGAGUGAUCCAAACUGUGACCUUUGCCCUUCGUGGAUGCUUGUGUUCUAAUGAAUAACAAUUCAUUGGGUAAUUCAUGUUUUGUUUUAUUAAUGUUAUAAUAUGUACACUCUGUAGAAUGUUUGAAGUCCUUAAAAGGAUAGAUCACUCACAAAUUAAAAACUCUGUCA